GUUAAAUAUCACCCAGAGAAUCAAAAGGAGCACUGGGUAGAUUAGAGAGUGGCCCCGAUAAACUGUGAGAUUAAAUCGGAUCUUCUUUAUCCCACAGUCAUGUCGGCAUAUCCAUUCCACCUGCGAUUCGCCACGUUCACUGAGCGGCUGCUGGGUAUCUGUGAGAGAUGAAUUACGCUAGGCGCUUAGGAGCGAGGUUCGUUUGACACCCUUCGCUGGCUGGCAGGAGCAUAUCACCCGGUUAGCAGCCGUCGUCUCUCUGGCAAUGCAACAGUGGCGCGUGGAACAGAAACACUCAAAGCGAUCGAGAUUCGCGGCCGUGCUUCUCCCGUGCACGCCCCCGCACUACAUGCCUCCCCCUAUAAACAACGUGGGCUGGGUUCGCGAUUGCACUCCAAUGGAGAUUCUCCCCAAACUCAUCUGUGUUCUGGCCGCGACCGCGGGCCUGCACGUCGCGUCCACCUCCCCCAACCCACCCCUCAAAAACUCGGAUCGGACGGUGACCCCGACCACAGUCGAAUGGGUCCUCGUCUCGCCGUACAUGCGGCAUUCGCCGACAAUCCUGUACUGGUGCAUCGCGCUUGCCGAGACGCUCUCGCUCGUGCUCCCCGCCGACAUGAUGCCGGCGCUGGGCGGCGACGCGCGGCGCAUCAGCGCGAGCGCGUCCGCACCGAUGGUGCUGGGGAUGCUGCUCAUCGCGAGCGGCGCGCUGAUCCGGCUCGCGUGCUACCGCGCGCUGGGGCGCCACUUCACGUUCGAGACGGGCAUCCUCAAGAACCACGAGCUGGUCACCGCGGGCCCGUACGCGGUCGUGCGCCACCCGUCGUACGCCGGCGCGCUGCUCGUCUAUGCGGGGCUCGUGCUGUACUUCAGCAGCCCCGGGACGUGGGCCGUCGAGUGCGUGUACCGGGGGAGCGUCCCCGGCAGGAUGCUCGGGCUCGGCUACAUGUCGCUCAUGUCCGUCAUCGUCUCCGGCCUCGCGGGCCGCAUGGCAAAGGAGGAUGCGGCGCUCAAAGCGCAGUUCGGCGCACAGUGGCUGGCGUGGGCGGACCGCUGCCCCUACGCGUUGAUUCCUGGCGUGUAUUAGAUCGAGUAGAGACCUCGAACACACACACUUUGAUCAUCAGACGCGACCAGGGCAGAGAGCUAACUCGUGCAUCAUCUUGAGCAGCGGGAAACACGAUGCGAAAGUGCACAAGUGCCUGUCGACUGAACAGCUGCAGUGGGCCCGGGCGGGCCAAGAUAACCGCGUAAUCGGGUAUCCCACCGGAUAAACGGCAUGUUUUCAUUCGACAAGAGCAGCAGCAGCCGAAGCUGACACGAAAAGAGAAAGGUUCCGCAGGGCCUAAGAAGUCUGGCCAGACCCUCCAUCAAGCAAGUCUCUGAGCACGUCCCCAGAACGCGACGGUUGAAGGGCCUCUAUGGAAUCAGAUUCAGACAAUGAACGGGUACCAAGGCAGGCGGGGACUAUACACACCAACCGUUUGGGGGCGGCACACCCUAGAAAAUCCAGGCACACAUCGAACUUCUGCUACAGCCCAAAAUCAGAUUUCUACCAACACCAUCAGGUCACCUGCGACGUUCCGAUCGCCCAACAGCUUCGAUACCCCUCGGAGGAGGCCAGACCUGGUCCUAGCUAACGAGCGUAGCAACGGUCCUCGAACGGCCGAAAGCGUGGAAAAGCGUCGUGAGUCCUUCUCAGGUGUGUGGCUGGGUGUAACCCCUCUCGUACUCUGGCGGGCAUACCUGAGGCGCGAGGAUUCUUCGGGCUGGGUGCACUCUGCUGGACACUGUGUAGAAAGGCUGACCGCCAACCAGAAUGCCAGCUUCCAGCCAGGAAGUGUUACGGGAAUUGUAAGUAGUGAAUGACAAAGACUGCCGUGAUUUCGUAAAUCCGCCUACAUAAACACAUGAUGUCCUCCCGGGUCAAUCAUCUGCAUCGCAGGCGUCUAGCCCAGGCUCUGCUUGAUGCUACUUACCAUCAUCGAUGUGCGUAACACUUCCGGUGCCCGUCAGCCACACAUGGUCAACAAUGUUGCUUCCCGUUCGCCACAUGGUCCCCCCCAUCGUCGAGAUAAGCAGGACGUCGGACUGAAUAGCUAGUAGAAGAAAUCAUAAAGAGAGGAUCUAUCGACGACGAUCUCCUCGAGGUUCUCACCCCGAAACGAUGCUGCUGCUCCCGGCCUCGCUCCUCGUUCUUCUGGCCGCCCCGGCUACUAUGGCGGUUCCCACCAGCACGGAGCGCCUGAAUGCGCGGAUGGCCCGCCGCGGGCUGCCGCCCGUGUCGACCCACGCGCGACCCAUCCUUGCCGACGUCCCCAGCAUUCACGGCCCCAGGCUGGACGCGCGCACGCCCUCGAAGACUCCAAACACAACUUACAGCCACAACUGGGCCGGCGUAGUCGUCGAGGCGGCGAACGGCACGUUCCAGAGCGUGUCUGGGAGCUUCAUCGUGCCGAACCUCGCUGACGGACCCGCGAAGACGGACAACUCGGCGUCGUCUGCGUGGGUCGGAAUCGACGGGACCAUCUGCGAGACGGCCAUCCUGCAGACCGGCAUCGACUUCUACUGGAGCCCGUACUUCCCGAACCACGUCGACAUGUACCCCUGGUACGAGUACUGGCCGGGCUUCGAGGCGGACUGGUACGACGUGACCGUCAACAUCGGCGACGCCGUGACCGUGAACGCGACCGUCACAUCCGCCUCGUCCGGCACCGUCAGCCUCGUCAACCACUCGCAGGGCUGGGUGCGCACCCAGGACCUGAUCGCGCCGCCGGAUUCGCCGCUGUGCCAGAGCGGCGCCGAGUGGAUCGUCGAGGCCGUGGGCAGCGACCUCGGGCUCGUCGCCUUCGCGAACUUCGACGUCGUGCACUUCACCGACGCCACGGCGUUCACGGCCGCCGGCGGGGUCGUGGGCCCGGGCAGUGCGACGUCGAUCUAUGAGAUAAGGCAGGAUUCGGGUCUGCUGCUCACGGAGACGUCGUACAACGCCCACUCGGCCCGGAUUCAGUACGUCGGCGACCGAAACAUCACGAUUCCGAAUGGUCCCGGGGUUCUGCCUGGGCAAUAGUAUGAUCUGCUGUCAGCAACGCGAGUAACUGCCUCACAAAGCUUGUGUUCGAGUUUCCAGACGCUCCUAGCAGCUCGCUGGUUCGUCGAGAACUGGGUUUCGAGCUCUGAGAGGCGUUCCUCCACAAUGAGCAGCGGUGUCCGGUUCUUCUGCGAGCCUAUACCGUAAUCUAAAGCCUUGUUCUCGUGGACAUACCCACAAUUUCAAAUGCCUGCGGGGCUGGUUCUACCCACCCACUGGGUUGUCAGCGGCGAAGAAGAGCCAAUCCGUAAAAUCACAGAGCCAAAAGAGAUAUCCACGCCGCAGCCGUCGACCGUGAUUUACGUUAGGCCUUCAGCACUGGCAGACAUUGCUUCUCACUAUGAUCUUUGCAGUCCAAAUUCAUGUGUCGUUGCUUGCCAAGGUCUGAAUGGAAGAUUUGCGCCAUAUAGACGGUGGAUUCGAUGAGAGCAGGAAUAAUGCCCGUGACUCUUUUCAUUGCCGGUGUUGACGCAAUCCCAACCGGGGUCCGGUAACGUGAUAGCCGAAUGAUUGGUCCGUGCACGUAUUAAAUGUACUUUUGCCCUCUGUAGUUGUCUGCGGCUCGAAUUCUACGCUCAAAAGGGGAGAGUACGUGUGAAGUAUACAGCUUUAGGUCGAAAGUGUCCCGGAAGUCCGACUCGGGCCCAAUACCGAGCAGAGAGAUAGACGGUCAAGGAACCGCAGCGCCUGCACUAGUUCUCAUUCUCCUUGGAGAAAAC